AUGUCCGCCAUAAACUACCGCACCAUAAACAUCGACGCCCUCGACCCGGACUCCCCCCAGAACUUCCCCUUGGAAUCGCUCCUGCCCGGUACGCUCCCCGCGCCCUCAAACUCCGGCGCCGCUGCACAAAACGCCCAGCAAGUCCGGCAGCUGCUGCGCUCGGGCGACCCCGCGGCGGCGCUGAUCCAUGUCCUCGACACCGCUCCGCUGGGUGGCGACGACAGCGCAAAGCAGGUGCACCUAGCUACGGUGAUUGAUGUGCUGCAAGGGAUUAGGCAGGGUGAUAUGGGCCGCGUGCUGGCUGGAGCUCUGGAGGGGCCUGGCGGUGUUGAGAGAGGGGAUUGCUUGAUGAAGUAUUUGUAUAAGGGUAUGGCCGCCGGAGGGCCAGGAAGCGGUGCACAAAGUCCGCGGAAGUCGAUCUCGCCGGAGAGCACGGGGUUCUCGCAGGUCCAGGCGAGGAAUCUAGGUGAAGGAGGUGGCGGACAGCAAAUGAGUGUGCUUUUGAACUGGCAUGAGAAGCUGGUUGAGUUGACAGGGACGGGGUCGAUUGUGCGUGUCAUGACGGACCGGAGGACUGUCUAA